GACAUGUCCCAUGGAUUUAUCUUGUAAGUGACAGUGCAUAUGUCAUACACACAAUUAUAUAUAUCAAAGUUGCACAGAUUCGCGAAUAAAUAAAUUUUCCGCAAAUACCUCACAAAAAUGAAUCCAAAAUCCCUGUUGUGGUCUGUAUUAGUGUCAGUUUUAGCUUUAGUUAGUGCCCAAUAUGAAUCCAUUGACUAUAUGAAGCGAGAACACUCUCUAACCAAACCUUAUGGUGCAGGGAUGAAUGUACCCUAUUGGGAUUAUGCUGGGCACACGAUGGUCACCAAUAAUUAUGUUAGACUAACUCCGGAUGCCCAGUCAAAGAGUGGAAGUCUCUGGAAUCAAGUUCCGUGUAUGACAAAGAAUUGGGAGAUGCAGGUAUCUUUCAAAGUGCAUGGGCACGGGAAAGAUCUCUUUGGGGAUGGAAUGGCUAUUUGGUAUGCCAGGGAACGCAUGGUCCCCGGACCAGUUUUUGGCAGUAAAGAUUACUUCAGUGGUUUAGUAAUCAUCCUGGACACGUAUAGUAAUCACAAUGGGCCACACAAUCACCAACAUCCAUUUUUGAGUGCAAUGGUGAAUAAUGGAACACUUCAUUAUGAUCACGAUCGCGAUGGAACUCACACCCAAUUAGCUGGGUGCGAAACAAAAUUCCGCAACGUAGAUUAUGAGACAGUCAUAACGAUUCGCUAUGAGAACGAUGUCCUCACAGUGCUGACAGAUUUAGAAAACAAACGUGAAUGGAAGGAAUGCUUCACGGUGAAGGGAGUCCUUUUGCCAACGGGAUACUUCUUUGGAGUAUCCGCAACAACAGGUGAUCUUUCCGAUAAUCACGACAUUAUUUCACUACGUUUCUAUGAAUUGGAUAUGGUGACGGAUCCCCAAGCUAGUCUAGAACGUCGACAAAUUAUUCCUCAAGCACUAACCUUCGAACCACCACGAGAACGGAGUGAAGACAAGAAACCCAGUGGGAUGUCCAAUGUGAAAAUCUUCUUCCUUAUUCUGCUGGGUAUGAUGGUGGCUGUUGCUGUGGCAAUUGGUGGCAUUAUGUACUACCAGAAGCACAAGGAGAAUUCAAAGAAGCGAUUCUAUUGAGACAAGUCCAUGCGUGGUAAAAGGUAAGGCACAAAGCUAUGACAUAUUCAUUCACUGAAUUGACUGCUGGAAAGUUUUUUAGAAAUUGAAAUUGUGACUGGAUGUAAAUAUUUGGGUUCUUAAGGGGAAAUUUGUGGGGGGUUUUACGGAAUGAAAGAUUAAGAGAUAAAACUAUCUACCAAAAUAUAUUAAUAAUGGUGAAAAUGAAAGCGCUUGUAGCAUUAAGGGAGCAUCGUAAUGAUUUUAUAUCCGGAUAAUGCGAAUUUUUUCACUAAUUUUCGUUAUUAAUGGACCAAAAUAUUCAAAAAGGGAAAAAAAAAGAUGCAAAAUGUUCAUUUAAAUUGAAUGAAAAAAUGAACAGGUGGUAGCUCUAAAAUAAUAAUAAAAAAAUGUCAUUAAAGUUAAAUAAAAUAGUCACUAAAGAAUUAACUCUUGUUGUCUAAUCUGUAAGAACUUUAAUUUUGUGGUAACCCUUAAAUAUUAAACCCUUCCUGUGACUUCUUAAUGUUAAAUUUAGAUGUGAAAAUUUAUGAUCAGAAUUUGUGAAUAAGAAAAGGGAGUAUUUUGGGAAAAUCAUCACAAAACAUUAUAGAGUCUAAUAUCCAGAGUCCAUUCUUUAUUUUUUCCAAGCUUUCUCAUUUUCAAUCCAUUACUUAUUGUAGGCUUAGACACUUCUACAAUUUAUUAUUUAUCGUAGUUCAGAUAGCACAAUAAAAAAUAAAUUGCAAACGAAUAAGAAUUAGAUGAAGAUUUUGAUAUUAUUAAUAUUUGGGAGCUUUUUAUCAAUCUGACUGGUUGAAUAUGUUUAGGUAAUAAAUUAAUAAGAAAAAACAUAAUUUUAAAAUUAAAUUCAUUAUUAUUUCAUAAACAAAAUUACCGGAAAAUCCUAUUACAUUUUUUUUAGGAAAUGUAAGAUUUUGAAACGAACCCUGAUAUUUUACAUUCGACAAAUUGGCUAUAAUUUUACUGAAAUACUGUGACGUAUAAUAAAUAUUUUGUUUGAAAAAGAAAAUAAAUGAAUUUUUCAAAAUA